CAUGUUAGUAAUUCAGCACAGAAUUAGCCUAGAGAACGUACAGUGCCUCUGAAUUGGCAACGACGUGGUAGAGAAAAAAAGCAAAUGUUGAUUCAGCUAUUAGGUUGAUCCAAGAAAGUGUAAAAGGCUGACCUGUGCAGAAAAACAAUAAAUAACAGCAGAACAACUUGUGAUUGUCAUUGGGUCAAUGAUGGUAAAUGUGUGAAUCAGGGGGACACUCGCCCCCACUUUAGUUGGGAAAGAAGAUACGAACAGCCAUGGGACGGUUUUCAAAAGGACGUUCCUUCUGUUUGGUUGUUACAUUUCUUGCAUUCGGUACUAUACCUAAGACAACUAAAGGAGUCAGCAGCGAGACAUUGCCAGACUCACAGCCUUCAGUUCCUGGUACACUCCCUCACUUCCUGCAGGAGCCUGAAGAUGCCUACAUCAUCAAGAGCAAUCCCAUCAAGCUUCACUGUAGGGCUGCACCUGCCCUGCAAAUCUUCUUCAAGUGUAAUGGGGAGUGGGUCCACCAGAACCAGCACAUGUCCCAAGAGUACAUGGAUGCAACAGGCUUGAAGGUCCGGGAGGUGAUGAUCAAUGUAUCUCGGCAACAGGUGGAGGACUUCCAUGGCCCCGAGGACUACUGGUGUCUCUGUGUGGCCUGGAGUCAUCUUGGCACCUCAAAAAGCCGCAAGGCCACUGUCCGCAUUGCAUACCUGCGGAAGAACUUUGAGCAGGACCCCCAGGGAAAAGAAGUGCCAAUAAAGGGCAUGAUCGUGCUGCACUGUCGCCCACCAGAGGGAGUCCCAGCAGCAGAGGUGGAAUGGCUGAAGAAUGAAGAGCCAGUGGUCUCCCUCAGCGAUGACAAUAUUGAUACUCGAGCUGACCACAACCUCAUCAUAAACCAGGCCCGCUUGUCAGAUUCAGGAAACUACACUUGCCUGGCCAGCAACAUUGUGGCUAAGCGGCGCAGCACUACUGCCACAGUGGUGGUUUAUGUGAACGGAGGCUGGUCAUUAUGGACAGAAUGGUCUCCCUGCAAUGUGCCCUGUGGAAGGGGAGUCCAGAAGCGCUCACGCACUUGCACCAACCCUGCACCACUCAACGGGGGCUCUUUCUGUGAGGGCAUGUCCAUGCAGAAAAUCACCUGCAGUGCGCUCUGUCCAGUGGACGGUGGCUGGGAGGAAUGGAGCGAGUGGACGGCGUGCGGCACAGAGUGUGAAAGACAGCGCAGGAGAGAGUGCAAUGCGCCGCCACCUAAACAUGGAGGGAGAGUGUGUGAGGGGGCUCUACAGGACACCGAGAACUGCACUGGGGAGCUGUGCACCCAGAAUCGAAAGCUGAUAUAUGACGUAAAACCUCAAAGUAUGGACAGCACCAGUGAUGUGGCCCUGUACUCUGGGCUGGCUGCUGGGAUCAUUGCCAUGGCUGUCCUCAUUGUGGCUGUCAUGCUGUACAGGAAGAACCAGAGUGAGUACGGGGUGGACGUCAUUGAUUCCUCCACACUCACAGGGGGAUUCCAGUCUUUCAGCUUCAAGGCAGCCAGGCAAGGAAACCCUUUGCUGAUCAGCUCUUCCAUGGCACCUGAUCUGUCGGUGGGCCGUGCCUACAGCAGCCCUAUCUGUUUCCAGGACUCCAUGGACAAGGAGCUGAUAAGCGAGUCCUCUCUCUUCGACCCCUUGCCAGACAUCAAGGUCAAAGUUCCAAGCUCCUUCAUGGUGUCACUAGGAGUAGCAGAUCGGGCGGAGUACCACGCAAAAGCCGUCCCCGAGACUCUCCCUAGGGGACUUUGCCAUGGAAACUAUAGCAUCACAGAGAAUCAUGAGAAGAGCCUUCUUACUCCCAACCUAUUGAACAAACCCUCCAAGGCUCCGGUAAAGGCGUUUGGCGUGUUUGGCCAGGCAGGUGGACGACUUGCGGUCCCAAACACAGGAGUCAGCCUGCUGGUACCACAUGGGGCAAUCAAUGAGGACACAACAUGGGAGAUGUACAUGCUCAUCAAUCAGGAUGACUGCAGUGCUCAGACCAAUGAAGGCUGUGAAAUACUACUCAGCCCAGCAGUAACUUAUGGCCCACCUGGGCUUGACCUUUCCUGCCCGGUUGCCAUGACGAUAGCCCACUGUGCUGAGGCCAACGCGGAAAACUGGAGCAUACGGCUCAAGAGACUAACAUGCGAAAAGAAGUGGGAGGAUGUGAUGUCAGUGGAGGAUGAGACCACUUCCUGUUACUGCCUGAUGGACUCCCACAGUUGCCACCUGCUACUGGACCGACCUGGCUGCUACGCUCUGGUUGGGGAGCCCUUUACCGAGGGUGCUGUGAAGAGGUUAAAGCUGGCUGUUUUUGGGAGCACUGGUGCCAACUCCAUGGACUACAGCCUGCGGGUGUACUGUGUAGACGAUACCCCCAACGCCUUCCAGAGGGUGGUUGCUAUGGAGAAGGGCAAGGGCGGACAACUCCUGGAGGAGCAGAAGACAUUACUUUUUAAAGCGAACACCUCCAGCCUCCAAGUCUCCAUCCAGGACAUCCCACAGUUUCUGUGGAACAUAAAGCCUUUCACCACCUGUCAGGAAUUCUCCUUUUCUCAAGUGUGGUGCAGCAACCAGCAGCCCCUGCACUGUGCCUUCUGCUUGGAGCGAUAUAGUCCCGCCACAACCCAGCUCUCCUGCAAGAUCAGUGUACGGCAGGUCAAAGGUCAUGAGCAAAUCUUACAGAUCUUCACAUCCAUUGCAGAGAGGCAAAAGGAGUCGGUCCCAUCCGUUACUCAGAUGGAUUGCUCUGUCACAUCUCUGUACGGCCCCAAGGCCUUCAAAAUUCCCCCCUCCAUUCGCCAGAGGAUCUGUGCAACCUUUGACACUGCCAAUGCCAAAGGCAAGGACUGGCAGCUUUUGGCACAGAAGCUUCACAUUGAGAGGAACCUGUCCUAUUUUGCCAAGCAGCAGAGUCCCUCAGCAGUGAUACUGAACCUCUGGGAAGCCCGUCACCAAGACAACGGGGAUCUGGACUCACUAGCCAGUGCGUUGGAAGAAAUCGGCAAAGUCCACUCCAAAAGCCCAGCGAAUGGCAACAGCACAGAUGAAGCUAGCUCCGACUUCACUUAACAGAGGACAGAAUCAAAGCAGCCAGAGAACAGAGGAAAGAGUUCAAGCUACGACUAGCGGGGGAUCAGCACAGGUAGAGGGAGUACAGAGGUGUCGGACUAAUACUUCACACAGUAGUUCCAGUCCAGGUAAUCAAGGUGUGCGGGGUGGUGUUGACAGCAGUGGUGGGAAACCAAAUCCACAGGCUGCGGUGCAUCAAAGAAUGCUUCCUCCUUCUGUUCUUUGAUAAGGGAGGGGGGUGGAGGGAAUGUGUACACAGAGAGAAACCUAACAUUUUCAAUCAAGCUAAACACACAAGCCAAUAUAAUUAGAAAAGUAUGUUCAUCGACCAUCAAAUCGAAUGAAAACUCAGCGGCUGCACAUUUUAGACAUGCCCCUUUGAAGCUGCCAAAGAGACUCGGCUCUGGUCUGCAUCAUUACAGGAAUGGGGUGUUGCCAAGCGACAACAGAAGCGAAGACUCUACCGCAUUCUCAUAUACAAAAGCAUAAAGAUUCUUUUUUCUUUAUUUUCAUUGUUUCCUCAACUAAAUUGCUUUAAAUCCGAUUGAUUUGACUGAAUAUUGUUUUUCUGAUUUUGAUAUUGCCUUAAUAAUACUAAUAAUAAUAAAGAAAAAUUUGCCUUGUUACAAAUUUUGGGCCCUAUUUGCAUAGCCAUAUUGGAAAUGUCUUAGUGUAGUCUCCCAGGGAAAGUGGGAUAAGAUAUAAAAGGAUUGAUGCGGUUAGAUUUUAUUCGUUGCAUGUUUUUCACACUAAUGUCCUACUGGUGUUGUAGUACUGUCUCAUAUAAUCCAAUAUGAGCCAUCACUCAAUACUAGGGGUGGGCAAUUUCGGUCCUGGAUGGCCAGUGUGUAUGCAGGUUUGUGUUUCCACCAAUUCACCUGGCUAAAUGAGCUAAUUAGCUCAAUACACGAACACCAGCUCAUUCAAAAAUUUGAUCACAGUAAAACGUUUCAUAUAGGGACACAAGAACAGUCUUCGGCUGACAUUCAUAGACUUAUCAAGAAAUGUUAUGGCUAAUUAAAUAAUUGAAGUCAGAAGGCAUGAAAACCAGACCGAUACAGCCCUCUUUGCCUACCUCUGCUCUAUGCUCUAUUACACAGAUGUUUCAAUCAAAGCUUAGAGCAGCCACACAUCCCCAUCAAAUGUUUACAUAUGCCGUAUGUUUAUAGUCUAUUAAAUAAGGAUCAAAUCUCAGAAAACAGUGUAUAAACUGUUUGAGAAUGCGAAAGACAUUUUCAGGCUGCAUUGCAGUAAGAGUCGUGGGAUCCCAAAAUAGUCUUUUUAACAAAGUAGAAAGCAGACUGGCCGGUAACUUGGUACCAGCAGAGAAGAUCUCUCCAGCCAGCUGUGUGAGGCACUUAUCUGCCUCAGCAAAUUUGCACAGAUCAGUCUUGCAAACAAUGGAGGAACAUGGAUUGGCAGUCAGAACCAGAUGCAAUUAAAGGAAGACAAAGCUGGCGAGGAAAUUCUAAAGUCUAGGUCUGCAGGGAUGCGGCAUGAUAUGUUUCUACCCAUGUUAAACAAAUUAUUCACUUAAUUUAUUUGUGUGCUUAUUGGCGUGUGCAAUUUGAAGGAGCCCACUGAGGGCCAUUUUGAAGAUAUUUGAGUCGUUGGGUAGUUUUCUAAAGACAGUGCAAUUAUACUGCUUUAGCAGUUGGACUUACUGUCAGGGAGUCACUUUUGCACAGCAAAAGUUGUAUUAAUAGCACUCAAACCUUGAGUCCAGCCAAUGACCUGUGAACGUAAAAAAGUCAAUCCAGGUUCACUCCUCACUGUUGAAAAACAUUUUCAAAAUUAGCGUGACAUUUUGUCAAGAAUAUUGAAGGUAUGUUGGCAUGCAGUGGUUUGAACUUAUAAAUUGGUAUGGUAGCAAUUGAGAAAUGGUAUUGAGAAAUAUGUUAUGGACACACAGCUUUAGGAUAUUAUUUUUCAUUGAUACACUUCAUUUAGGUUCUUCAGUUAUAUUGAUGCAAUUAUUUUGUAGUAAGGUUUCAGCUAACUUACUGUACUGUGAAUACUACAUUGAACUGAACUGGCUUAGUGUUGGUCAUAUCCAAGUGACAAAGCCUUUUAUAUUCAAUGUGAAUAUAAAUAUAGGGGCGACAUAGCUUAGGAGGUAAGAGCGGUUGUCUGGCAGUCGGAGGGUUGCCAGUUCAAACCCCACCCUGGGUGUGUCAAAGUGUCCCUGAGCAAGACACCUAACCCCUAAUUGCUCUGGUGAAUGAGAAGCAUCAAUUGUCAAGUGCUUUGGAUAAAAGCGCUAUAUAAAUGCAGUCCUUUAUGUUUUAAGCUUUUAAUUAACUUAUAUGUGACCCAUCCAGUAUUAUGUCCAUUAUAACAGCACACAGUUCCCCCCUCAAGGUCCUGACAGCUUUUGCAGUGAGCAGUGAAAAUGACAUGUUGCUGUAAAAAGAAAAGAUGAAAAAGCUACAAAUGUGGUGGUUUGUGAUUUCAGUGAGUUCCUUCUGCGUCUUUUGUAACAGCCAGCCUAGUAAUCGUAUUCAAGAGGUUCUGUAUAUCUCGUAUAUUUCUUGCAAGCUACUAUCUCUGAAUAAAUAUAAUUUUGCAAACAA